AUGGCCCGCUCCCGAUCGCCGGUGUCUCGAAUGCCAGCAGCAUUCGAGCCGAUGAUUUCGCCGGUGUGUCGAAUGCCUUCAAACUUCGACACAUUCUUUGAGCCUUUGACAAAAGAAGAGCAGCGAGCAUGGCGUUCCCUGGAAGACAGUUCCUUUCACAGCCUCUCCCAGGCUGACAGUUCCGUGGUUAGCAUGUCCGAGGGGGAGAGUUCUCUGGACGCAAUCUCCGACGUCUCCGAGGGUGACAGUUCUGUGGACGGCAUCUCCGAGAGCUCGCCGACACAAAGGUCCAGCAGGACGGCCAUGCCAGCGUAUGUUCGAGAACAGUUGAUCGAGGAGAAUCAGCUGUAUGAGGUCUCGGUGCCUUUCUUUGAGACUGCACAAAAGAAGUUCAAAUGGGGAGGCUGCCCCUACCAUCCGAGACGAUCUCUACAACCUCAUCUCAUAAAAUCCGGACCUCGUGUCGGCGUCUUGUGCCUGCGCUGUGCGCAGCACUGGCCCCGAAAUGGGCAGCCCAAGUGCUUCUUUUCACACGCUUUCCCAAAGGGCCUUUUUGGGAAGCUGCCGCAGGAGUUGAGAGCUGCCUAUGCUUCCUUAGACUUCUCACUUCAUCGGGGCUCACGUGGGGGAGGUUUGCGUGGACUUUGUUGUGGCUUGAACAGGGGUCGCUACAAUGAAAGGAAGUUCGCGAAGUCCCAGGGCGUUAACUCUGCCUUCCACAAAGCUGGCAUCCGCUACUCCGCCAAGGGCAUGGUUGGCAGCUCGGGACUUCUUCGGUUCUGUCAAGAACCGCAAGUGCUGGCAGUGCUCGGCACCUUUGCAGCGGGAGAAGAACGUCCAGGAACCUUGCUGGCCAUGUACACGUUCUCCAUGCGUGUGCCGCAAGAUGCCGCUCCUUUGCUCGUGGGUCGGCAUCACAACUUCAUCGACAUCCUCUACAAGAGGCUUCGCCACGCCUGCGCCUGGCGACAGAUGGAGAUCAACGACUCCGUUCAGUUUCAGCCUGGUGUGGUGGAGUGGGAUGGCAUGCGGUCCACAGGAAAGCGGGACAAGCAGCAUGGCACUGCUCAACACCUGGGACGCUUCCUGGCUGUUACCAUAGCACCUGCAGCCAUGUCACUCGUGGUCUCGGACGAUUUCGUUUUGGCUCUGGGUGCUGCCAUGCUUACGGCGCUGGAGUUGACGUAUCCACAUCUCGGACAGAGGAAGCAAUGGCAGGAACUGUGUCUGACACGCAUGCUUCGCAUCACCAUGUCUUGCUAUGAGUUGCGAAGGUUUCUUGGGCCGGAGCAGACAAGGAAGGAGCUGCACGCGCUCACUUUGGCGGCCUCCGUGCUGGCUUGUGUCCAGGCAACUGACCUCCAGGACCGUGUCAUAGGUCUCGGCAACUGCUCUUUGCCAUCCGUGGUGCAGAUGCCGCAUCAUACCAGCUUUCGUGAGCAGGUGCGGCUUUGGGCAGCUCAUGCCUGGAGAGUGGAGCUAGAGAUGUUGUCUCGAGAGAUUUCUGCUGUUCUGAGUGACAUCGCUCGCGACCAUGCUCUUUUUCAGCACACAGACGGGCUUCGCCGGCUCUUCUUGCCUUGGAGUUCUCUGCUGGACGAGUAUAACCUGAUGAUCAUAGGUCCUCCGGAAAGCUUCGAAGAGGUGCUGCCUCUGCUCUCCUCCAAAGUCAGCCCUGGCAAGCAUCUCAUUGCUUCCGAUCAGGGUAAAGGCCUGGGCAAGGCCUGGGCCAGCAUCAAGGUCGAAGCAGCCACAGCGUGUCACUCCAAGAACCACUUCAGUCCGCUCGUCACCCUGUCUAAGAAGAACUUGGGCAAACGAGCACUUGCGGUUCUCAAGGGAAAGAAUAGAGCGGUGGUGAAGCCCCGCACUUGUAAAGUUGUAGGCGGAGACCAGCGUGCAGAGGCGCGCGUCGGUGCUGUCAAACGCCAGUUGCGACGCACCAACUUGUUGGGCCGCAGUGCCAAAGACGGUGCACACGUCGACGGGUUGAGCAGCCACUUUUUGCUCGAAAACGUCGGCUUGGCCCCUGUCGUUGCUGCCGUCGCAGCAUACCGCGAAGCGGUGCAGGACGUGUUGCCUCCCAAGACUGCUUGGAACGACCGGCAGUGGCUGCAGGUGGGACUCUGCACGUGA